AUGAGUGCCCCAGACGAGGAUUACGACGAGCUUGUCUAUCACGUCCCAAAGCAGAAGAAGCCCCCGGCCGAUCUAGACAAGAUGGGAGCUGCCAUUUCAGUGUGGCCACCUCUGGGUCAGGUCACCCAGGUCCAAAAGGGAAAUGUCGGAUUCGUCGCACUACUCGAAGUUCCCACUGACCAGGCAAACCAGCCAUGGGAGGUUGCGCUCUGGCACUCGGCAGGGGAAGAAUGGACCGAGACCAUGUUUUCCCCCGCUGAGAGAACUCCCUCGACCCUGCAGAAACCCAACAAUUCGGUCGAUCGUACCUGGUUUCAAGGCCUCGUCCCCGUCAAGUCUCUUCUGAACUUCACUGUCAAGUAUCGAUCUGGACCAGAGCAGUCGUGGCGUUGGAUCCGGGAUGAGCACGGCCUGGGUGACGGCACCAUCAUCCUUAAUGGCAACCCAACGACUGAGGCUCUUUCGGACGACUUUGGAAAAAUCCUCAAGGGCUACGAUCCUAGCAUCACUGUCAAGGCCUGCCAAUCCCAGUGCCCUGGCACUCGUCUCUGGGCUUUGGAGGCUAGUGUCGAAGCCGCCAAAGGGGAGGACUCCACCUUUGCAGAUAUCAAUCUGGGGUUGCCAUGGGGAGGCUUCCUCCGGUGGUUUUCCCUGAUCCGUAUUUGGGCACCGUGGUUGGCUCCGAGGCACGGCAAGACCAAGUUCGAACUUGAUAAGGACGCUGUACUAUCAGCAUUUGUCAACUCGGAGGGACAGCAUCUCGUCCUACUCGCUGUCAGUGGCAUAAAUGAUGUGAUGGCUUUGUUCCGCAGUGAUGAUUCAGGAAAUGUACAACUCCAUCUACGGAAUGAUGGUGAGAGCUCAGAGGGUGCGCUUGUUCUGGCUGCGGUCGGCCACAAUUUUGAAAGUGCGAAUGCGGCCGUCAUGUAUCAUGCCCGACAGGCCAUUGCUACAAGCAAGAAGUCAACGGGAGAGCUCGACCAAGAGAUGAAGGCUCUUCAAGAAGGAGUCAAGCCAGAGUGGAUGGAGAACUGGUACGACGGUCUCGGGUUUUGCACAUGGAACGCACUUGGCCAAAGACUCACGGAUGAGAAAGUUCUCAACGCGGUCGAUGAGUUGACGAAGCAUAAUAUCAAGAUCACGAGCUUGAUCAUAGAUGACAACUGGCAGAAUAUAGACUACCGUGGCGAAGGCCAAUUCCAGUACGGCUGGAAUGACUUUGAAGCCGAGCCCAAAGCCUUCCCCAAUGGCCUCAAAGACGUCGUCACGAAGAUCAGAACCAACCACCCUCACAUUCAACAUGUGGCUGUGUGGCAUGCUCUUCUUGGGUACUGGGCAGGAUUGAGUCCCGAUGGGAACAUUGCGAAGACUUACAAGACCGAGGAAGUCGUACGUGAGGACCAAAAUCGCAGGUGGCUCCCUCUCGGAGGCAAGAUGACGGUGGUCAGCAAGGAAGAUGUCCACAAAUUCUAUGAUGACUUCUAUCGCUUUCUCUCAGACUCUGGUAUCGACGGGGUCAAGACCGACGCGCAGUUCAUGACAGACACUUGGGUUUCUGCCAAGGCUCGUCGAGAGCUCAUCACGGAGUACCUUGAUGCCUGGACAAUCUCAUCCCUCCGGCACUUCAGUAUCAAGUCGAUCAGCUGCAUGUCUCAAACACCAGAGAUCCUGUUCUAUUCCCAGUUGCCUCGGAAUAGGCCUACGAUUCUUUGCAGAAACUCGGACGACUUUUUCCCCGAGAUCCCAUCCUCACAUCCCUGGCACAUCUGGACGAACGCUCACAAUGCCUUGUUCACUCAGCACCUGAACAUUUUGCCUGACUGGGAUAUGUUCCAGACGGUACAUGACUACUCUGGCCUGCACGCUGCGGCUCGUUGCGUCAGUGGAGGGCCGAUUUACAUCACGGAUGUGCCAGGCCAGCACAAUAUUGAUCUCAUCAACCAGAUGACUGGCAUCACUCCACGUGGCAAGACCGUGAUUUUCAGACCCAAUGUUCUAGGUCGAAGCAUCGACCAAUAUGUCGGCUACCACGACGACUCUCUACUAAAAGUUGGCUGCUACCACGGCAGGGCAGUCACCGGGACGCCAAUCAUGGGCGUUUUCAAUAUCUCUGCUCGGGCACUUACGGAUAUAAUUCCCCUUGAUCGCUUCUCAGGGGUUCUGCCUUCGUUGCACUAUAUCAUCCGGGCACACACCACAGGGCUCAUCACCACACCAGUCCAGACCAGCCAACCGGCCUCGAAGCUCACUGUGUCGUUGGACGUCAGGGGGUACGAAAUCUUCACGGCCUACGCAUUGUCUCCGUUUGACAGUGACAGUAUAGGCCGUGUCUAUGUGGCCAAUCUGGGUCUGAUUGAGAAAAUGACGGGUGCCGCGGCUAUAGUCUCGAGCGAGUCGGAUUACCUGGAAAAUGGAAGGGUGCUGGUUCAUACUAGUUUGAAGGCCCUGGGUGUUCUCGGAAUCUAUGUCUCCAAGCUGCCGGAGUUGAGUCUGGAUGCCGAUUUCAUGGCCACGAUUCAAGGCCAGGCGAUUCCCCGUCACACCGUAUCCAUCAACAAAUCUUCUAGCUCUAUCCUCGAGAUUGACGUUGAGAAGGCUUGGAAAGAAUUGGACUUGAAGCCUGGCUGGAGUAACGAAGUUGAGGUCAAGGUCUAUUUUGGUAUUGAGAAGUGA